UCCGUUUGUAGAAAGAAGAAAAAUCAAUCCCCCCCGAACCCGCUUCGGUAAAAAAAAAAAAAGCGGUUUUCCUUUCCCGCGCCACUGCAGAAGUUCGGCGGUUUUCAUUCUACCUAAAACCAGAUUCUCACUAAUCUGGUUUCCCGGCGGGAUCUCCGGCUUGCGGUUUCGAGGCGCUCCUUGGCAUUUCCCGGUCACGUCUUGCUUCUUCGCCGGAAAAUUCAGAGGAAACCUCCAUCCAUCCACCAUAAAAACAAGAAAGAAAGAAGAAGCCCGAUGCAUUAACUGGUCUUUCAUGAUCUCAGCCACGCAAUCUCAUCGUAACCGAUUCAACGGCCCUAUACUCUCAGUUUUUAUUCAUUGAAGGCUACAUAUUUGGAUUGGGUCCAUUUGAUUUUAUAUAGCUUAUAGAGAAGGAGAAGAAAAGGAGAGGGGGAUCUUCUUCUUUCAUGGUGAGUGAGGAGGGAAAGAAGGAGGGAAUGCGACUGGGAAAGUACGAGUUAGGACGGACGCUCGGCGAGGGCAAUUUCGGAAAGGUGAAAUUCGCUAGGGAUAUCGAGUCAGGGCAGGGCUUUGCUGUGAAGAUCUUGGAGAAGAAGAGGAUUCUCGAACUCAAGAUCGACGAUCAGAUAAAGAGAGAGAUCGGGACAUUGAAGCUGUUGAAGCAUCCGAACGUUGUCAGAUUAUAUGAGGUGAUAGCAAGCAAAACCAAGAUUUAUAUGAUCCUCGAAUAUGUUACUGGUGGUGAAUUAUUCGACAGAAUUGCACAAAGGCGAUGGCUGCCUGAGGACGAAGGUCGAAAGGUCUUCCAGCAGUUGAUUGACGCUGUGAGCUAUUGCCACAAUAAAGGUGUCUUUCACAGGGAUUUGAAGCCAGAGAAUGUUCUGGUCGAUGCAAAAGGAAACAUAAAGAUAUCUGAUUUUGGCCUGAGUGCUUUACCUCAACAUUUUAGGGUUGAUGGGUUACUGCAUACAACCUGUGGGAGUCCUAAUUAUGUUGCCCCUGAGGUAAUUGCCAACAGAGGGUACGACGGUGCCACAGCGGAUCUCUGGUCAUGCGGUGUUAUAUUGUACGUUGCUCUUACGGGUUCCCUCCCAUUCGAUGACAACAACAUGGUUGUCCUUUACCAGAAGAUCAACAAGGGACGUCCCCGUAUUCCCACUUCACCCCCAAUCUCUGCUGAUGCUCGAAACAUGAUUUGGAGGAUUCUCGAUCCCAAUCCAAAAACAAGGAUUACUAUAGCUGAAAUUAAAGAGAAUGAGUGGUUCAAGCAAGGCUACAUUCCUGCAAAUCCUGAUGAUGACGAAGAAGACACCCGCAUUGAUGAUGAGGCAUUCUCGAUUCAAGAGCCAACUGAGACAGAUAAAGAACCGAAUUCACCCACCCUCAUCAAUGCCUUUCAGCUCAUUGGGAUGUCUUCAUCCCUCGACCUUUCUGGAUUCUUCGAGAAAGAGGAUGUCUCUGAGAGGAAGAUCAGAUUCACAUCAAAUUAUUCCCCGAAAGAUUUGCUCGAGAAGAUCGAAGACAUUGUCACCAGAAUGGGAUUCCGAGUCCUAAAACGAAAUGGCAAGCUCAAGGUGACGCAGGAGCGUAAGGAUGUAAAGAGCCCUGGUAGCCUUUCAGUUGCCGCAGAGGUGUUUGAGCUAAGCCCAUCUUUGUAUGUUGUUGAAUUAAGAAAAUCAUAUGGAGAUUCUUCAUUGUAUAGACAGUUGUGUACAAAGUUAUCGAAUGAUCUGGGAGUGUGCCAAAGCCAACAGCUUUUAACAACGGAAGCGUGAUGGCUGGGACCAAGCAUACAAGAUAUCGCCCGGUGGAGAAAUAUCCAUCUGCAAGGUGUAAUCUUUGUAUUUUUUAUUUUAUUACAUUUUUUUAAAGGACAAGGCCAGGUUGUGGUAGAUAUAUAGCAAUCCAACGCAACGUUUAGAGAAUGUAUUAUAGGACAUGGAUGCAUUAUUCUAUUAUGGAGGAAUACAAUUUCAAUAGUUGUGCAUUUGGCUCU